GAGCCGGCGCGAAUUUCAGGCCCCGAGCGCAGAGCCCGACCCGAGUCUCAGCAACAAGUUGCGGGCCGGGCCGGGGCGCGGCGACCCCGCUGCGGGCGGGGAGAGCGGCUGACCGGCGGCCAGUGGGGACCAGGAAGGGGGGAGGGUCUCUCCACCUGGAGCCGCUGCCCGUGGACACCCGGGGGUCUUUGCGCUGAGUUUGGAGGACCCUCGGAGUCGCCGCCCAGCCCGAUCGCCCCCACAGUAACGGUCCCGGCCCGAGCUCCGGUUUUGGCCUUGCUGACUGCUCACCUGCCACCUGGCCGGCCUUCAGGGGCGCCGGGCACCGCCUGCCUUCUUCCCUGCCACAAGCCCAGAGCUGAAGCGCUGCAGCAUGGCGCGCGGCUGCCUGCAGGGCGUCAAGUACCUCAUGUUCGCCUUCAACCUCCUCUUCUGGCUGGGCGGCUGCGGCAUCCUCGGCGUCGGCAUCUGGCUGGCGGCCACGCAGGGGAACUUCGCCACCCUGUCCUCCUCCUUCCCGUCCCUGUCGGCCGCCAACCUGCUUAUCGUCGCCGGCACCUUUGUGAUGGCCAUCGGCUUCGUGGGCUGCGUCGGGGCCAUCAAGGAGCACAAAUGCCUCCUGCUCACCUUCUUCGUGAUGCUGCUGCUGGUGUUCCUGCUGGAGACCUCCCUCGCCAUCCUCUUUUUCGCCUACACUGACAAGAUCGACAGGUACGCACAGCGGGACCUGAAGAAGGGCCUGCACCUGUAUGGCACCCCGGGCAACGUGGGCCUCACCAACGCCUGGAGCAUCAUCCAGACAGACUUCCGCUGCUGCGGGGUCUCCAACUACACCGACUGGUUCGAGGUCUACAACGCCACGCGCGUGCCUGACUCCUGCUGCCUGGAGUUCAGCGAGAGCUGCGGGUUGCACGCGCCCGGCACCUGGUGGAAGGCGCCGUGUUACGAGACGGUGAAGGUGUGGCUCCAGGAGAACCUGCUGGCCGUGGGCGUCUUUGGGCUGUGCACAGCACUGGUUCAGAUCUUGGGCCUGACCUUUGCCAUGACGAUGUAUUGCCAGGUGGUGAAGGCUGACACCUACUGCGCGUAGGCUGCCAGCUGCCCGCCACCCCUGCUUCGCUGCCGAAGGACGUCGCCCCUGGGGAGAUGACCAUGUCCCCACCUGCCUCUCCCACUACAGGACCUCUCACCAGCCCAGGCAUGGGCACGGGAGGAGCAGGCAGCCAGAGCCCCCAGGGCUCCCAGCCAGGCCUGUGAGCGCCGGCCGCGCGGCCGGGGCUGGGGCCGGGAGGGGCUUCUGGCGCUUCUUACACCCAGGUAUCCUCCAGAGCAGUGUCUUCCCCCGCAGCCCUGUCCAGGGCAGGGGGCUGGGGUGGGAGGUGAGGGGUUGACCACUGGUCCUGGUGCUCGAGGCGGGUCUGCAGCCCCGUCCACCCACAUUCCACAGCGGGGCCAGGGCCGGCUCUGCGUGCGUCUUAAUAAAGUGUGUGGGCAGCA